AUGCCUCCUCCCAUUGAAGAUAUGUCCGACGAGGAAUCCGGCGAUAUUCCUUUCAGAAAAGCGCCAGAGACAAAUGGCGAAGAUGCUGAGGACUCCCCGGAAGAUGAAGGAGACGAAGAUGAGGAUGAGGAAGAGGGACUCUAUGUCGUUGAGAGCAUCCGUGAGCACGCUUGGCUUGAUGAUGGAACCCUUAAGCUCUUCGUGAAAUGGAAGGGCUAUGAUAAGCUUGAAGACCACACAUGGGAAGAGGAGGAAAGUCUCAUGGAGGGAGCAGGCGACAUUGUCACAGCAUACUAUAAGAGCAUCGGUGGUCGCCCGACGAAGCCCGAAACUAAACCCGCGGCAGGAAAGCCAGGCCGCAAGCGCAAAUCUAUGGGUGAUUCGAAGGCCACUGCGCCUGCACCGGCCUCCGCAACGAGCGAGGCCAAGAGACAGCGCCGAAAGUCAGCGCCAAAGGAGAAGAUUAAGCAAGCUUCCCCCGAGUCCGAAGAGAAUGGCGCACAAUGGCUUCCAAAGGGGAAGAACUGGGAUAAGGAUGUGAAAGAGGUGGACACAAUUGUCAGGGAGGGUGAAGCAGGUCUCAUGGCCUGGCUGGAGUUCAACAAUGGACACAAGGCGAAACUGUCUGUCCAGGCCUGCUAUGAAAAGUGUCCUCUGAAAAUGCUCAAGUUUUACGAAUCGCACCUUGUCUUCAAGGAUACUUAA